AUGACUACGACAAGAACAACAGAGGCACUAGUCCAGCAUGAGAUCAAUGGGCCUUUGGUCCUUGAGUCUGUACAGCUCGAUGCCAUAAGAAGCGACGAGGUAUUGGUUGAGAUCCAUGCUACGGGUAUCUGUCAUACCGACAUUUCUUGCAUGGAUGGCACAUUGCCUGCUGCAGCGCCAAACGUCUUAGGACAUGAGGGUGGUGGGAUCGUGAAAGAAGUAGGUGAAAAUGUCCAAGGACUCGCUGCAGGUGAUAAAGUCCUACUGAGCUACAACACUUGCGGGAAAUGCGUCGAGUGCAAUUCCGGACAUCCGGCUUAUUGCCAUCUCAUGGUUCCCCUGAACUUUGGUGGCAAACGUCUGGACAACAGCACUCCUGUAUCUCUGAAAACGGGCGAGCACGUACACUCAAAUUUCUUUGGCCAAAGCUCUUUUGCUAGACAGGCCGUGGUGAGCAGUCGGAGUGUGGUCAAGGUUCCGCAAAGCACACCCUUGGAACUCUUUGCACCUUUGGGAUGUGGAUUGCAGACGGGAGCUGGUGCUGUCUUCAACAGUCUUGAUGUGACUUCAGGAUCCAGCCUUGUUGUCUUUGGCGUAGGUGCCGUCGGUCUCAGUGGCAUCAUGGCAGGGAAGAUCAGGGGCGCGAACCCCAUUAUCGCGGUAGAUGUGCAGGAUACACAUUUACACCUGGCUCUGAAGCUUGGUGCAACACAUGCUAUCAAUAGCACGAAGGAAAACGCUGUUGAGAAGAUUCGAGAGCUAUGUCCUCCUAACGGCGCGAAGUUUGCACUUGAUGCCUCUGGUGUACCCAAGGUUAUCGAAAGCAUGAUUGACAGCCUCGGUACGCGAGGAAAGGCUGCCACUGUUGGCGCUCCAACACCGGGAAGGCGAGCAGGUGUCGAUGUCUUCCAGCAUUUGAUCAUGGGGCGAGCCUAUGUUGGAAGCUGCGAAGGAGACAGCGUUGCAAAGGAGAUGCUCCCAUACCUAAUCGAGCAGCAUGACCAGGGUAGAUUUCCCCUCGAGGAGAUGAUCACUACCUACGACAUCAAAGAUUACGAAAAAGCAUUUGAAGAUGUUAAAGCUGGGAAGACCAUCAAGGCAGUGCUUAAAUGGGUGUGA